AUGGAGCCAUUGUCUGCUGUCGGCCUUGCCAGCUCAAUCGCCCAGUUCCUUGACUUUGGCGUCAAAGUAUUCAACGCGACGAAAGAGAUCUCGAAAAACGGGUCAGACGCCUCUGUUAUUCAUCUGACCAAGCUGUCGACAGACCUGGAUGAGCUCAGCACUAGCUUGGUUGAUCACUAUCACCCUUUCGAGCAAAGGCCUCUGUCGGAAGAAGAAAGAGGCUUGAUUGAGGUGGCACAGCAAUGUAGAGGCAUCUCUGACGAGGUCCAAGAGUACAUUGCUGGGCUGGUCCUGCGCCCCGAGGACGAGGAUGACAAGCAGUCUCAAGAGGGAGAGCCAUAUUUCACUGGCACUGGCGUGAGCAAGGACGACGAGAUCGGCGAGAAUAACAUAGGAUCCGAGCUCCGGGUCGCAAAGGAGAGGCUCCGGGCUAGACUAAACAGGUCCAAGAUAGCGCUCAAGACGAUCUGGAAAAAGAGCGAUAUCGAAGAGCUGAGAAAACGACAAGCUGACUUUCGAUCUCAGCUGGCGCUCCGGCUGCUGUUCGUCCUAAACAGUUAUCAAAUACGGCAGACGUCAACACUAGAGGAUAUUCGGGGUAAAAGCAACGAGAUUAUCGAAGCGAUAGUUCUUCAUUCUCUAGGCAACAAUGCCAACUCUGACGCUUCGGCGGCGAUUUUGACAACUCGCGGCGGCGCCCAGCCCACAAUCCUUCUGCCAGCAAGUACAUCACACUUGUCAAAGUUCCAGCAGAAUUCCAAAGGCAAGUGUGAUUUCGAGGGUGACGAGUCCUCGCAGUAUCAAUCAGCAAUGAGUUUUACGAACGAGGGAUCAACAGCCCCGGCAGGCUAUUCGACACACAUCCCGGGAAAUUGCAGCAGACUCAUCCUCAAUGCGUUGCAUUUUCGCAGCAUUGACCAAAGACAAGAGGCAAUCUCACAUGUCCACCAGAAGACAUUUGACUGGAUUCUAGAGCCCAAGGGGACCGGAUCGCAUGAUGGACUGCUAGAGUGGCUAUCCCAGGGGUCGGGCCUCUUCUGGGUAUCCGGAAAAGCCGGCUCAGGCAAGUCGUCGCUCUUCAAAUUCCUCGUUGGAGAGGAUCGCUUCUAUAAUGCGGUUCGGACUUGGGCCUCCUCUGGGGGCAAUGCCCAGCUUUGCUUGGGGACUUUCUACUUCUGGUAUGCCGGGACAACUCUCCAGAAGUCGCACGAAGGCCUCCUACGGGGACUACUCUACCAGAUUCUCAGUGCGCGACCAGGACUGGAACUCCAAAUCUUUCCCCAACUCUGUCGACACAUCCUCACAGGUCGCGUACAGAGUCAGCCCGACUUAACUGAAGUGGAGCUCCGGAACGCAUUCGGUCGUCUGGUCGAUGUGAUCCCUGACGAUAUGCGAAUCUGUUUUGUCAUUGACGGCUUGGACGAGUACACUGGAGAACUCAAUGGUUUAUGCGAUCUCUUCAACCGCGUCACGCAGUCAUCUUCAGUAAAGAUCCUUUUGUCUAGCAGGCCUAUCCCUGUGAGCUGUGAGCGAUUCGCUCUCUGUCCCCAGCUAUGCCUACAAGACCUCACUCGUCCGGAUAUACUCAAAUAUGUCGAGGACCAUCUCUGCAACAACAAUAUCUUGCAAUCCAUGGAAGAGGUAGAAUGUGGUAUCACCCAUAAGCUUGUCAAUAUCAUUACCGAGAGAGCUUGCGGCGUAUUUCUCUGGGUUGUGCUGGUUGUACGCAUCAUAACGCAGCGACUUCAGAACUACGACAAUGUCUCGGAGCUCCUGGAGGAGAUCGACAACCUGCCUGCCGAUCUCGAGCAACUGUACGACAGAAUGCUGAGUGAUAUCGAUGCAAAAUACCGCGUGCAAUGCUCGAAAUAUCUUCAGCUUGCGAUAUUGAGCUUCAGCUUCAGCGAUAACCAUAGUAUGACUGCGGUACAGAUGUACUUCGCUGAAGAUGAGGAUUACGAGAGGAUAUUGUCCACACCUAUGAAACCUCUAUCCAGAAAAAGGAUCAAAUGGAUUGACAAAUCGGUCGAGGGCCGCUUGCGGAGCCGAUGCUGUGGACUGCUGGAGCUUCACGGUCCGUAUGUGGAGCUUCUCCAUCGAACAGUAGUCGAGUUCCUUCAGCUCGGCAGUAACUGGCAGAAGAUUCAGGCUCUGACUAGGAACACGAAAUUCAAUCCGGAGCAAGCCUUGCUCUACUCAACACUCGCCGAGAUACAGGUUGCUCAUUGCCAAAUCGACCCGCCAGGGUCGGUAGUGAGAGGAGAGCGAAAAGACGAGCUGGACUUAUGCCUGGCCAAGCUAUUCAUCUACGAGGCGAAGAUUUCCCACUCCUUGCGUCAGAAAUUCUACAAGAAGUAUCUGCCAGCACUUGACAGGGUUCUUCCCCAGCUUGGUCCAUACGACCCUUCGGCAGGAUCCCCAGAGCGAGACGCCCUUGUGGAACAAUCAUGCGACCAAGCCUGCUCCCGGUUGAGACUUGAUGACGAGGAGAGGCUAUUCAUGCGCUGCGCACUGAGUUCACCCGGUUGGUACCUUUCUCCACUGAGGGUACUUCAUCGCGAGUCUCAGCAAGACGCCCUUUGGUCAACACGACUCCUCAUCCACUUCGUCGAGACAAAGGACGGGCUUAUACGGCGGAGGAUCCUGGAUGCGUUGCGUAUUGUCGAUUUCUGUGUUCUCGCGCCGGAAGACUUGAGAGCAAACUUGCGUUCUCUCUUUACGGAUCGGUGGCAUGGCUGUCGGGUAGUGACAUCGUGGGAAUUUGUGCUCCGCUACGUCCUGGCCAUCACGACUUCUUGGUCUCCGCCGGACUUCUUCAGUUUUCAGGACCCCCAAGUCGUGCUGUCAAUUCUCUGCUUGGUCCAAUCGAUGCUUGCCUCGGGGGCAGAUGUGAACUGCUCCAUAGCAGGCUACCACGCGACCGUUCUGCUCACCAAACUUGUGAGUUCGGUCCAGUUUCACGUCCAGCUCUCCGCCAGUGACCAUGGUGCGUACAUGGAAGAGAUUUCGAGCGUGUGCGAUAAGAUCGCGGAAUACGUGCAUCUCCGCAAAGACUUGGCUGGGUCUAACGUACAAGUUCCCCAACCAGCAGAGGGGACGAGACGGGAUCCUUCCCAUGGCAACUCUAUCCCUCAGCCAGGCAAGAUGCCUAGGUUCCGCAUCAAGGCCAACCUCCUCUGUCUGUUCAACACCAUCAAAGGCUGGAAACAGGUCAAGUUUGUCGCCUUUCGCAGCCCGUACUUCGGUCCAUCUCCCCAGGCCCAACCUGUCGUUAUUGAUCGUCGCUGCCAUCACAAUAAUAUGGCACUGGCCACCCCUCCUCCCAAAGAUCCAGUCUUGGAGAAGGAUUUCAGAUUUGUGGCUUUGGGAACACCAUGCGAAUGGGCCGAGUCAUAUCACCCGCAAGGUCUACACCCUGUUCACUUUGGAGAUGUGCUACACGGUCGCUACCAAGUCAUCCGGAAACUUGGGAACGGGUCUUUUGCGACCGCCUGGCUAGCGCUCGAUUCAACCAGUGCCUCUCGAUAUGUCGCCCUGAAGAUCCAGGUAGCUGGAUUGGACGAAGGUAGGCAGCGCGAAAUCGCCCUGUUGUUGGCUUCUCAAGCGCCUCAUGAUCAGAGCUCAAGAUACCUGGUCACCCUACUCGACUCGUUUACUCAUAAAGGACCCAAUGGCAGCCACUCAUGCCUUGUUCUUGAAGCAAUGGGUCCCAGUGUGUCAUCGAUCCUCAAUGCGCCGCAGCAGAUUUACGACCCCCUGAAUCCGCCAGUUCGACGUUUUCCAACGGAUCGUGUCAAGAGGAUACUCCGGCAGGUCCUCCAAGGCCUUGGCUUUCUGCACAGGAAUGGUGUCGUGCACGCCGAUCUACAGUCCGGGAACAUGCUUUUUGCAAUCAAAGACUUAGCCGCGGUGGACGCCGAAAGUCUCCGUCAGACACCCGAAAAUUCUCAGGUGGAUUUUCUUGAGCGGGUGGAUGGGCAAGCCGAUUUAUGGGCACCCAAAUACUUGGCUGUGGCCAUGCCACUGUCUGAUUAUGUCCUUGAAGGAGACGACGAACUUGUCAAGAUCACUGAUUUGGGUGGCGCAUUCUUUGAAAGCGAACCACCCCAGACUGUGGUCACCCCAACUCCCCUUCGGUCGCCGGAAAGCAUUCUCGGUUGCCCUUUAGGGAAGGGUAUCGACGUAUGGAGCUUUGGAUGCCUUCUCUUCGAGUUUCUCACGGGUAUGCCCUUGUUUCAAGUUCCUACCGUGAUGCGCAAGGACGAGACGAUCCACGACGAUCACCUAAUUCUGCUCACGGACAUCAUCGGUCCUUUACCUGGGCCGUUGCUCUCCCGGUGGUCGCGAGCCAACCUGUAUUACGGCCCCAACGGUGAGCGACUGGAGGUGCGGCCUGACGACUUCGAGACAUACGACGCCUCGGAGGGUGCCUCCGAUGGGUAUCGUUCAGGAGAUGACGAGGACUAUGACGAGUUUCUAGAUGAUGGGAUGGAGGAUUAUAGUGUCCCAGAAAUAGGCCCUCCCAAGCCAUUCGACCCCCUGGAGGCGUAUUUCAGGACGCACAAGCCGCCGGAGAUCGAUGAGGAAGAGGAGAAGGUGAUUGUGUCGAUGUUAAGGCACAUUUUCCGGUAUGAUCCCAGUGAGCGUCCAUCUGUUGCUGAUUUGCUCAAGCACAGAUGGUUUGUGACCUGA